AUGGAGGCGACGUCAUUUCGUCCUGUGACCGGUGCCGGUGAAAAGAGGGCUUAUCAGCUCUUAGCCAUUCGUGUUAACGCCGGCGACAGACCCAAGCUUGCCGUGGUGCUUUCUGUCUUUCGAGGAGCGCUUUUCCGAAAGCGGAAUGCCAAGAAAUCCUCCACCGUGUGCAAGAUUGUGGCUGAUCCUCUCGAGUGCGAGUACUGCAGCAAGCUGCACUGCUGCCUUUUGACACCGGCCGACGAGCAGCCCAAAGAUGGAACCCGGACCAUCUUCGAGGCCAGCUGCUGCAAUCCGAUACUCAUCCUGGACCCGAUUUCCAGCCAGGGCACCGUCCUCGGCGAGAUCAACCCCGACAGGGCGAGUUUCGAGGAGAGCAGAUUGAGGCUUCGCGUGGCUGUGGAGGCCGACGCGGUGAAAGCAGUAUGCGAGCUGCGUUCGAAGGUGCCGCCUCUGGAAACGAAGAAGAAGGAUGUGGCAUACUGGUCGGCGGAGCAUUUCCCGCAGAAUGCAUUGGGGCGGAAGAACAUCAUGGCAUACUCUGAGGAGCUGCGCCUGUGGCAUUUUCAUGCCACGGGGAGGCCGUUGGAACUGCCAGAGAAGUGGGAAUGGGAGGCUUUGAAGCAGGUGGUGGCGCCUUUCAUGGAGCGACAGUAUACUGCUUGUUCUCCUUCGUGCGCGAAGGACAGCACUCCUUUGAGCUUCCAGUGCUUCGUUUUUCAUCGGUUCCAGAAUCUGGUGCCGUUGCCGGGAAAGCAAAGCAAGAUCCCGCAGUUCUUCCGCGAGAUGUCGCAGGCAAUGCCGGCGCCGCUCCAGAGUUGCCCCAUCGUGGCCCUUGCACGUUAA